CGUGUCACCAGUCAAUCAAAAAGUUUAAAAACUAGAAUAGUUUUAAAAACAAACAAAACGUUCAAAUAGAAAACAAACGUAAAUUGAAAUAGAAUGAAUGAUGAUUAUUUUAUGAAUGAUACAUUAGACAAUAUAAAUUUUUCUCAAGAUUUGUUUAUCAAAAAUAUUGCAUCAAACAAGAGCUCGCAUAAUGAAUCGCAGGCACAGCCAAAGUCAAGCGGAGAAAGCGAGGAAAAGGAGAUAUCCCUAGAUGAUUCUAUGUUUUUAGCAGGAUCAUUCAAAGAUGAUAUAUGCAAUGGAAAAGAAAACAAAGCAACAACAAUAUGUGAUAAGGCAGCUGUCUCAAAUGAUUCCAACAUCCAAAAUAGGGAAAUGGAACAACCAAAUGAAGUGUUUAAAUGUUCUCUGAUCAAAACUAGAUCUGAAAAUGAUACAAGUAUUAAAUCAUCCAGACCUACUCAAUAUAUGCCAGUGAAUUCUAGAAUCAAUACAGAUACAAGUAAAGUGGAAAAGAAACUAAAAGAUAGUCUGCAAAAUGAAACAGCUGAGUUUAAACUUGAUAAUGCCAUUAAACUAUCCUCAUGGGGCCUCCCAAGUGAAGUGUUAAAAAAGUAUGAAUCCAAAAACCUGCAUAGCAUGUUUCAUUGGCAAGUGGAGUGCUUGAGAAAACAAAACGUCUUGGAAAACUGUAAAAACCUGGUAUAUGCAGCACCUACAUCUGCGGGCAAAACCUUGGUAGCUGAAAUUUUAGCCAUAAAAACUGUUCUGGACAGAAGGAAGAAGGUGAUUUUUAUACUUCCCUUCAUAUCAAUUGUCCAAGAAAAAAUGUACUACUUCCAAAAUCUUCUAGGAAGUAGUGGUAUCAGAGUAGAGGGUUUUAUGGGUUCCUAUAAUCCUCCAGGUGGAUUCAGCUCUGUCCAAAUAGCUAUUUGUACCAUAGAAAAAGCUAACAGCUUGAUCAACAGAUUACUUGAGGAAGAAAAAGUGUCAGAUGUUGGAACAAUACUUGUGGAUGAAAUCCACAUGCUUGGCGACCCAAGUAGGGGGUAUCUGCUUGAAUUACUUUUAACUAAACUACUGUAUAUUUCAAAGAAGAAUACAAACAUCAAUCUACAAAUAAUAGGAAUGUCUGCAACUCUUCCAAAUCUUGAUCAGUUGGCUAAUUGGCUUGAUGCUGAACUUUAUACUACUGACUUCAGGCCCAUCCCAUUGUAUGAACAAGCUCAUGUAUGUGGAGAGAUUUAUGAUAAAGAUUUGAAGCUUGUAAGGAAGUUGAAGCCUUUGGAAGGCAUUGCUACAGAUACCGAUAAUAUCUUACAGCUGUGUUUAGAAACAAUACAAGAGUCUUGCUCAGUUUUGAUAUUUUGUCCUACAAAAAAUUGGUGUGAAAGUUUGGCACAGCAGAUAGCAAUGUCAUUUUGUAAAUUAGGCAAUGCAAAAAGUGAAUGGGGUGAGUUAUUGAGGCUACAACUCAAUACAAAUUUGAUAAUGGAAGUGUUAGAACAACUGAAAUUUUGUCCUGUUGGUUUAGACAAUUUGUUAUGCAAGUCAGUCUCUUUUGGAGUUGCAUUUCAUCAUGCUGGAUUAACCAUGGAUGAACGAGAUAUCAUUGAAGGUGCAUUCCGUAGCGGCGCUCUGAGGGUACUUAUUGCCACUUCAACAUUGUCUUCAGGAGUAAACCUUCCCGCUCGACGCGUCAUCGUCCGCACGCCUAUGUUCCAUGGCAAACCUAUCGACACCUUAAGCUACCGACAGAUGAUUGGCAGAGCCGGUAGGAUGGGCAAGGACUCGAUGGGCGAAAGCAUUCUUAUCUGUCAGAAGAAUGACUACCGGGUGGCUAAAACGUUGAUGUCGGCGCCGAUGCGACCCGUCGAGAGUUGUUUAGAAGGUGCUGGAAAGCUGAAGAGGGCUGUCUUGGAAGUUAUCGCUAGUGGAGUGGCGUCAUCACCCGAAGACAUCGAAUUGUUUGCGCGAUGCACAUUGCUAUCUGUGAUGAAUGAAAGCGACGAAGACUUGGAAAAUCCGGUUGAAGAAGCUGUGACGUUUUUGAGAGAAAAUGAAUUUAUAAGAUUACAGAAAGUAGAAGACGGUACAGAAAAAUUUGCCGCCACCUCGUUAGGGAAGGCAUGUUUGUCUUCAUCAGUGGCACCGGACGAGGGAUUAGCUCUUUUCACAGAACUAGAGAAAGCUAGACAAUGUUUUGUACUGGAAACAGAACUCCAUUUGAUAUACCUGGUAACUCCAUAUAGUGCAUGUUAUUCGUGGGGAAAUAUAGACUGGAUGUUCUACUUAGAGCUCUGGCAAAGACUACCGCGCAGCAUGAAGAAGGUGGGGGAAUUAGUUGGAGUGAGAGAAUCUUUCCUGAUCAGCGCUACUAGAGGAAACUUGCAGACAAAUACUAACAAAUCAUACCAUAAGAUGUUGGUUCACAAGCGAUUUUUUGUCGCACUAGCGCUUCAAGAUCUUGUCAACGAAAAACCUUUGGGCUGGGUAUGCGCCAAGUUCAACUGCAAUAGGGGUCUGCUGCAGUCUUUACAACAAUCGGCUUCAGUCUUCGCGGGUAUGGUGACCGCAUUUAGCCGGCAACUAGGCUGGAGCAGCGUCGAGUUGCUGAUCUCACAAUUCCAAGAUCGUAUGCAGUUCGGCGUGAGCAGAGACCUGCUGGACCUGAUGCGCCUGCCAAUUUUGAACGGGAAGAUCGCCAGGACCCUGUACAACGCUGGAAUCGAGACGAUCAAGCAGCUGGCUAAUUCAAAAAUAUCGCGGGUUGAAGAUGUGCUAUAUAAAGCGACUCCAUUCGAAACAGAAAAGGGAAAGGAGGGGGAAUCGGAAUUUGCGCAGAAACAACGUAAUAAGUUUAGGAAUGUAUGGGUAACUGGAAAAGAAGGACUGACCGAGAGAGAAGCUGCUGAAAUGUUAGUUGACGAGGCUAGGAAGUAUCUCAAGUUAGAGAUGGGUUUAGUAGAUGCAAAGUGGAACGAUACCUGUAGUCCAGAUGAAAGUUCAGGUUCAGACGUAGGCAGAACUGAUGCUACAAACGAUACCGCACAACAAUCACCAUUUAAACGAACUAAAGAAGAACAGAACAAUGUUAUAACAGAAGUUCAAAAAUCGGAAUCACAAGUUACCUCUAACAUUGAAGGUUCCAGAGACAUAGAAAUGUCGAUACAAAAUGUUUCAAGUGAUAACUCAUUAUUUGGCAGUGAAACCAACAUAUCAAACUCCUCGAUUGACCUACCCUUGCCCGAAACAUUGAAUAGUCAUCAUAACGAACAAAUCAGUAACAAACGCUUUUUGAAAACUGCUGAAGAAAAUGAAAAGAACAAUGGUCAAAUAAAUAGCAAUGUUUCAAUGAACUCUAGUAUUAGUACUGAUAAAGCUCAAGCAGAAAGGCUAGUUUCAUCACAUGAACAAAUGAAAGAAUCACCUUCUAAAAGAAGAGAAGUAUCUGAUGCUUUAUCGUCUUGUUCCUCCAAAGAGUUAAAUAUUUCAAACAGUUCGCUCUCUAGUGCGAAAAGCACCAUAAAUGUAUUGCUUGGGGAAAUGCAAUCUGAUGAAAGUCUCUUUGAAUCCUUUAAUCUACAUCUAAGUAGUAGCUCAUCUGACAGUGGCAUAAAAGAGGAACGAAACCCCGUCGAUGAAAUGGAUACGAUGACCGUAUUACAAAGCGCUUUUUCUGGGUCCUUCAACGACACUAGUAAAAAUUGCAGUUCUGAUAUUUUCGAAAGUUCUGGCAGUGAACUGGAAACGAAGAAACGUAGGAACGAAACUAUCGACCCAGGUACACCUAGUAAAAAACGGAAAGGCAAUGACGUGAACGAUGAAGAUAUUCCUAUGAGCUUAUCGUUUGCUGAAGGUAAGCUUGGAGACAGUGAAUCUGUGGAUUUGAAUCAAAUAGAAGUUGUGAAUAUUUGUAGUGAUAUGGCUCUAUUUGAUUUAUUUUCAAAUGAGCUAAAACGACAGCGCAUCAUUUCCCUGUCCUUAGCCUGCAGCAGAUUUGUGGAGAAUAAGUCAACUAUAGGCUUGGGCACAACAAGAUGUCAAACACAAAUUGAAUCGCAAUCACGGUUUGUGUUCAAGAGCAGUCGGUUGAAUGGUUUUGCAAUAACAUGGAAUGCAAAUGUCGUAUAUUAUUUGUCGCUGGAAGUACCCGAUUAUAUAUCAAAAGUUACAAAGCUGUUGAAGUCCAUUUUGGCGAAUGAGAUUGUUACAGUGAAGAUAUUCGACUCUAAAGAACAAAUAAAGAUGCUGAACUACUGUACGGGUAUACAGCUCAAAUCAAAGAUUGAUGAUCCAAAGAUAGCUGAUUGGAUUUUGGACCCUGAAACAAAAGAGAAAAACCUUUUGGCUAUGAUGCUGAAUUAUUUCCCAGAAGGGAUAAAAUUGGCCCAGCUGGCAGGAAGUUGUAAAGGUCUUGGGAGCAUUAGUUUAGACAUUCACAGUUCAGUCGAGCCUAAAAAACGUUCCUCAAUCGAAGCUGUCCUUACUUGGCAUCUUGUAGACUGUUUGAGGAAACGUCUUGAAGAAAUUAAAGACUCAUAUUUAGACAUCUAUGAUUUGGAGAGUCAAACCAUUCUAUGCUUGUCAAAAAUGGAGAUAAAUGGGAUUGGUGUGAAAAAAUCAUCGUUCCAGGAAUUGGAGGAAACUCUGAAAGCUCAAAUCGCAGCAGUUGAAAAGAAAGCAUAUUCUUUGGCUGGAAGACGGUUUAACUUUACGUCAUCUACUGAUGUAGCAAAAGUAGUUGGAAUGUUCAGGGGCAAAAAAGUGAGCACCAGAAAGCAAGUCCUAGAACAAAAUGAUCACCCCAUCUCAGAUUUGGUGCUAAUAUGGCGAAAACUCAACUGCACGUUGACAAAAACGUUCUACCCUCUAUUACGAGUUAUAGAAAGUGAGCGAAUUCACGGUUGCUGCAUAACGCAUACGGCUACUGGAAGGGUAUCCAUGCACGAACCGAAUUUGCAAAAUAUUCCCAAAGAUUUCUUGGUGAUAAAUCCAAUCAGCAAGAGUGAGAUAACCAUAAGUUGCCGGAAAGCCUUUAGAGCUCGAGACGGAUGUGCCUUACUUUCGGCUGAUUACUGUCAACUUGAGUUACGGAUUCUGACACAUCUCUCCCAAGACCAACUACUAGUCAGUGUCAUGAGCAGGCCGGGUGACGUUUUUCGAUCUAUUGCUGCCAAAUGGAACAAAGUCGAAAUUUGUAAGGUGGACGAUGCAAUGCGUCAAAAUACUAAACAUAUCUGUUAUGGAAUCAUUUACGGUAUGGGAGCAAAAGCAUUAUCAGAACAACUUCAAAUUGGUGAGGAUGAUGCGCUCAUGUUCAUGGAGGCGUUCAAAAACACGUAUCCAGCUCUUCGGACGUUCAUCAAUAAUACUAUAGAUAAAUGUAGAAAAAACGGCUAUGUAGAAACAGUGACAGGAAGGAGGAGGUAUCUGCCUAACAUCAAUGAUAGUGAUGCUACUAAAAAAGGUCAAGCAGAGAGACAGGCAGUGAACACCGUCGUUCAAGGAUCAGCCGCUGAUAUAGCGAAGAGAGCUAUGGUUACUGUCGAAGAGGAACUUCAAAAAAUAUUCUGCAAAACAAAAAAUGGUCCCAAGAUAGUUCUGCAGCUCCACGACGAACUUAUCUACGAAGUUCCCACAAAGUACGUCAUUAAAGUUGCUAAAAUCGUGAAGAAAUAUAUGGAGGAAUCUGUACGACUGUCCGUGCCAUUCCCUGUAAAGCUGAAGACUGGUCCCAGUUGGGGAGAUUUGACUGAAUAUACAAUGUGAUAUCUUUUUACACCAUCUUUAUAUUCAUUGUUUCAAUUUUAUUAUGUAAUUUUUCAAUUUAACAUUUCAAACGUGUGAUUUUUACACGUAUUUGUUAGCGUCAUUGUCUACAAAUGCAAGACUCCAUUUUAAAUUUCAAAUUACAUUUUACCUGUAAUUUUAUAACAGAUUUUAAUACUUCCGUAAAUAUAGUUUUGCAAUAUUAA